AUGAAGAUUGCCCGAGCUAACAACUCCAAAGCAGAUGCCUUAUCAAGGCUGGUGUUCAUGGGAGUAGAUAGACUUGACAGAAGAGUACAUGUCAGAUUUCUUACCGAGCCUAGCAUCAAUCCAACCGUGGGGGUCAUGGACAUUGAUCAUGAGCCAUCAUGGAUAGACCCAAUUGUAGAUUUCAUAACAAAUGGCAAUCUUCCAGAAAAUCCUCGAGCAGCAAGGAACAUCCGGUCGAAAGUCCCUAGGUAUUGCAUUAUUAAUGGGGUCUUAUUUCAUAGAAACCUCACCCUUUCAUACCUUAGGUGCCUUAAGCCUUCGGAAUCCUCCCAAGCCCUAGAGGAAGUUCAUGAAGGAGUAUGCAGGAACCAUCAAGGAGCUCGAGCUUUAACCUUUAAACUCAUAAGGUACGGAUAUUACUGGCCUACCAUGAAGAAAGAUGCCGCAGAAUACGUGAAGAAGUGUGAUAAGUGCUAA